AACUGUAGUCUAUGUGCGGCGCCUGUGCAGUCUGCCCGCCAUAUUUGUUGAAAAACGUAAACGGAAAAAAGAGAGCGGCAGUUUUUUUUUCAUUAGUUCUGUUGAAGUACGGUGAGCGCUUCUCUUUUCUAAUUUAGUUAUGUGAUUUUGUGCAUACUAUUAAAUUUUGUAAUUGAUAUAGUGAGUUAGGAGUUUUAUGCAAUGGCUUUGCCAGCCGAAUCACAAAGGUCUUUUCGACUUUAUGUGACCCAUGUGGACGGAGAGGGUCAUUUUCUGAAGAUAAGCGGCCAGCUCGACCAACAGUCUUCGUUAAUGAUCGAGAGCCUAUUUGAAUCGGCUCGCGAAAACUUGGAAAAGGGCAUUGGAGCAGUUCCUCCGGCAGCUAUCCAUGAAGGUGUAAUAUGUGCCGCCAAAUACAAAGACGGAACAUACUACAGAGCGAAGAUCAUAAACACAACAAGUCUGUCUACCGGUUUAGUGGGCGUCCAUUUCAUAGAUUACGGUAACAAAGACAUUAUUUCUCUCAGUGCUAUAAGAUUUCUGGACAAGUAUGAUCCGAUGUUUCUUCAGCUCCGCGGGCAGGCGACUGACUAUUACCUGAGUCGCAUUAUGCAUCCUUCCGGUCGCUGGGACGAGCCGCUACUGCUCAAGCUUCAGAGCUUGCUCUGCUACGCAGAAUACCCUGCUGCUGUUGAAGGCCAAACUCGCACACUACCCAUUAUAUCUAUACAAUACAAGGGAAAUGAUUUCUCAACACAUCUUGUUUCAAACAGAUUUGGUAUAGCUGUGCCGGUAGCUAAACAAGAAGUGCUCAUGCUGCAGCCUAUGGGAGCUGAUAGCCAACAAGGGCCAAACUGGGCACCAAAUUUGAUAGCUGAUUCAACACUGUAUGCUGAACAUGUACCAUUUCUGAUGAACCAGAACUUCCCAUCCAACCCUGCUUCUGCAAUGAGAUUGCAGCAGAACACCAGUGUGCCCUUCAAUGGUGCUAUAGUGCCUCCACCAUCAGCCAUUAGCCAGAGGCUGCUAGUCAAUAAGGCUUCAAGAGGCCCAGUGAACCUAAAAGGUCCAAUAAGACAGCCCCAAGUGGCUCUAAACUCUCCCCCUGUCCAGGUAUCCACUCCACCUCCAGCAGCAGCCCUUAACAAGAGUUUGUCUCCCAAGAAGUCUGCAACUUACAAGAGCCGCUUAUUAGAAGUGAAUUCGCAGCACAAAGUGUUUGUGUCAUUUGCAGAAGAAGGACCAGAGCUCUUUGCAGUUCAGCUAGUGACAGAUGCUAAGAAACUUCAAGAUAUGAUGGAUGACAUAAAUAGAAGGCCACACAGUAGCCUUGCUGAACCUCCUAUGAUAGGAACAGUAUGUCUAGGCAGAAUGUCUGGAGACCGAAUUAUUUGCAGGGCAAUAGUCAUGAACUUAUCAGGUUCGCAAUGCAAGCUGUUCUUUGUAGAUUUCGGUGAUACAGAAAUGGUGUCCUAUUAUGACAUCUUUGACAUCCCAGAAGAGUUUGUCAAACCUAAUGUAUUCGCUAUGAGAUUCUGCUUGUCAGGUGUGAAGAAAUUACAGAAGGGACCAUAUUUGAAUGAGGCAUUCAAGCAACUUGUGAAUGGAAAAGUGAUGACCCUGCGAGUGGUUGCUCCGGAAGGUCCACCGUUAAUACAGUAUGGAGAACUGUACUUGGACAACAAAAAUGUGCUAGAGUUGCUGCUAGCCAAUGUUAAAGACAAGCUGCAAUUCAAGUGGAUGGAAAUGCUUGCAUUAGGCAGCAGAGCUUCAGUACUUGUGUCUUAUGUAGACAGCUGUAUAAAAUUCUACGUCCAACUAUCAGACAAGAUUGACGACUUGACUGCUGUGAUGGAAGCAGUGAAAGUCCACUGUGAGGGCACCUCAUCCCCCGGAGAGUUACCUGUCGGCACAGCUUGCUGUGCCAGGUUCCCUGAUGAUGACAAAUGGUACAGGGCCAAGGUUCUGGGGUCUAAUAACAAGAGGGUCCUUGUGGCAUAUGUGGACUACGGCAAUGAGCAAGAAGUUAAUGUUUCGGACCUGAGAACCAUUACUACAGAUCUGUUGAAACUGCCAGCACAAGCCAUGAAAUGUGCAUUGAAAGGCUUUGAAUACAAACCAGUAGAAAGCAAGACUUCAAACCAGCUUGAAAUGCUGGCACUAGAAAAGACACUGACUGCCAAUGUUGUUGGGGUCCUGUCCAGCGACACCAUGUUGGUAUCUCUGGUAGAUGACACGACCAGCCCACCCCUGGAUGUGGCUAGGAAGAUGAACCAGCUGUCACAGCCUAGAAGCAAUAUUGAGACUAAACCGACCACACCAGUAAGCAAAGCUGCCCCUGAACAGUUCAGCUCGCCAGAGAGCGACCACGGCAAAGGAUUCAAGCGCGAAAAGAGCUUCAGAGAAGACCGGCGGCCGCGGGAGGAAGAUGACUUCGGCCAGCGGGGUGGCAGCUUCCGAAAUAGAGACAGAGAGCCGUUUGAUCGAUCGGGGCCGGGCCGGCAUAGUGACAAGUUUGGAGGCAGACCAGAUAAGGGAGAAAGACGUGGGAAGCCCUGGGAGAGCAGCGCGCCGCCAGCGCCCGCCGGCGACGACUGGGAGGAGUCCCCCCCCCCCGCCCCCGCCGCCGCCCCCGCGCCCGCCCCCGCCCCGCGCCCGCACUUCCGCGACAGGGACAGCCGCGACAACAGGGACAGAGACAACAGAAGAAAGCCUAGAGCGGACAACGAAAAGCCGGGUCAAAAGCCGGGCUGGAAGCACAAAGACGGCGCCGGAGUGGGCAAGAGGCUCCGCCAGGCGGCCGAGGCGGCGUCGGCCGACACGCAGGCGGCCGGCGGCGCGCGGGGCGCGGGGCAGGACCGGCUCACACGUGAGAAUAAAUUCAACAAGCAAGACGAAUGGGAAGAGAAGAAGGACGACUGGGGCAGCGGCACACAGAACCGCAACGACCGCUUCGGACAGAACCGGGGCGAGCGCCGAGAGUGGGGCGAGAAGAAAGACUGGAACCAGAAGCGGGAGUUCCGAGACAGAGGCGAGAAUAACCGCGGCGACAGAGAUAGAACCAGGAGCAACUUCACACCCCGUGACCGCGCUGAGCGCGCUGACCGCUCCUUCGGCUCCGACUCUGACAAACGGUCAGAAAGAAGCUUCGGCCGCGCCGGAAACAAACCCCGCAGCAAAUUCACACAAGUACAAUAUAAAGAACUCCCCGACCCCGUCCCACUAGAAUCCCGCUUCGACGAACCAACAAUCGAAUCCGAAGCGCAACAUGAAGUAUCCGUCACCUGGAUUAUAUCCCCAAAGAGCUUCUACACGCAAAUGAUGUCCCUCCAACCGAAGUUCCUAGAGAUGAUGCACCAAAUCCCAGAGCUAUACAAAGGCGUCAGAUCUUACUCAGGAAUCGUACCAGUUGGCGCUUCAGUACUCGCCAGAUACCCCGCCGAUGGAGUUUUGUACCGAGCUACAGUCGUCUCCGUCCAACCGUUCUCCAAAUUCAUAGUCCAGUACAUCGAUUUUGGGAAUAAACAACUAGUUGACGCUAAGGACAUAUGGCAGUUGGAUAGGCAGUUAUUAGAGCUGCCUAAAAUGGCGAUUCAUUGCUCGCUGAUUGGCGUAGCGCCUAUAGAAGGCGAAUGGAAGGCCAAUCCCGAGAUAGACCUGUGUUUCAACGCGCCGCGGUAUCAGUGCGUGUUCCAGGAGUAUGUGGACGGGCAGUAUCAGGUGUCGUUGUGGAAUAACGGGGCGAGUGUUACGGAUAUGCUGGUGGAGAAACAGUUGGCUGUGCUGUCGGAGCAGCAAUCGUCUGUUGCACUUAAAGACGAGGCCAUAGACCUGACCAUCAUAGUGGGGCAGCAGAUCCCGUGCCGCGUGACGCACUUCGAGUCGUACGAGAAGUUCUACGUGCAGCUCGACUUGGAGAAGGCGGAGCUGGUCGAGAACGCCAUCGCCAACUUCGACGUCAACUUGUUGACGCCACUUACAAAAGAUACUCUAACGGACGGCAUCCACUGCACAGUAAAGCACGAGGGUAGAAUCUACCGCGCCAUCUUGAACGACACGUCGGACGCAAAAAACGUGGUCGCCGUGCUGCCCGACUAUGGCAACACUGUCACCACAUCAUUGGACAAUUUGAUGAUCCUGCCAACGGAACUGAGCGUAUACUACUACCAGUCCCUGGAGUGCUGUCUCAACAACUACACGACCGAGUCGAAAAUCCUGAUGCCACUCGAGGAGCUGAAGACCACCCUCACCGGAAACAAGUUCAUCGUAUACGUGGACAACGUUGACGGGAUCCGCCUGCUGAGCACGCUGUACGACUCGGGCUCGGGCCAGAAGCUCGCCGUGUUCGAGCCCGACGAGGGCGCCUUCCCGGCCGUGGCGGCGCUGUGCGCGCGCACCGUCUUCAACUACAACUUCGGCCUCUGCAGUGUGCAGCACUUGGAGAACCUCAACGAGAUCUACCUGCAGAAGUCGGCGGACAUCGACAAAGUGCAGCAGCUGUUAGACAAGCUUUAUGUUUUUUAUGAUGAAGGUACGCCCGAACCGCUGACGGAGUUCGAACCCGAGUCCCUGUGCGCCGUCAAGUCGUCCGACGGCAACUGGUACCGCGCCACCAUCGUCAGCGCCGCCGACGCCGACGUCACCGUGCAGUUCCCCGACUACGGCAACUCGGAGACCGUCGCCAAGGACGCGGUUAAGAAAUUGGACAAGUCCUUCUAUGAGCCGUGCGCUCAGGCUCUCGUCGCGAGCUUAGGCCUGGUCGCGCUGACCGAGGACGCGGUUACCAAGCUGUCCGAAUGGACUACAGAUAAGGAGGUGCAAGUCACGCUCGCUUUUGGCUCCGACGGCUGGCUCGCCAGUCUACACCUGGACGGAGUGGACUUGUCCAUGAAACUGGUCAACGAGAAGCUCGCCACCCCUCAGGUGACUUCCGGCGAGGAAUCCGCACCCGAACCCGCGCCAGCGGUCGAGACAGUCGAGCCGGUGUCGCUGCCGCCCGGCUGCGCGCAGGUCUACAUAAGCCACAUCGACAGUCCCGGGCACUUCUGGCUUCAGAUGGCCGACAAGGUCAAUAAAAUUGACGAGAUCCAGGCCGAGCUCGCGGCCGACGCCGACAAGUACGAGGACCUGCAGGCGCGCGACGUGGGCACGCUGUGCGUCGCCAAGUACUCCGCCGACGACCUCUGGUACCGCGCCGAGGUGCUCGACCUCGACUCCGACAUCACUACCGUCCGCUUCAUCGACUACGGCAACACCGACGUGCUCGACAACUCGCCCGGCCUCAUCAAGACUAUGCCGGACAGUCUGCGCGCCAUAGAGCCGCUCUGCGUCCGCUCCAGUGUGAACGCCGUGCCCACCGGCACCGGCCAGUGGUCGGAGGCGGCCGGCGAGAGCUUCGAGGCGCUCGUCGGCGACACGGCGCAGCCCGUGGACGCGCUCAUCGUGCUCAAGGACGUCACCACCUAUGUCGACCUGUUCGUGGCCGGCCGCAACCUCACCGACCAGCUCGUGGCGCAGGGCCACGCCUCCAGGGCCGAGCAGCCCACCGAGUGCGGCGACCUGCCCUCCUGCUUCGCCAGCCACGUCAACUCGCCCUCCGAGUUCUGGGUCCAGCUCGAGUCGGCCACGACGGAACUGCAGGCGAUGGAGGCCGCGAUGGAGGACGCCGAGACCCUCCCCGAGCUGGCGUCGAAGGAGGAGGGCGUGCUGUGCGCCGCCAAGUACCCCGAGGACGGCGCCUGGUACCGCGCGCAGGUCAUCGUCGACGGCUCCGAGGGCACCGAGGUGCUGUUCAUGGACUACGGCAACGCUUCCAUCGCCACCGAGCUGCGCUGCCUCCCGGACGAGCUGAAGCUGAAGCCGGCGCUGUCGCGCAAAUGCGCGCUCCAGAAGCCGAGGGACAUCAAGUCCUGGUCGAGGAAAUCCGAAAUCAAGUUCAACGAGCUCGCCGCCGAGGGCCGCACCAUCUUCAACGUGCAGUUCAUCGCGUCCGGCGACAUCUCCAUCGUGGAGCUGUUCCUGGAGGGCAGGUCGGUGACGGAGGAGCUGGUGGGGCUGUGCGAGGAGCGCCCGCCGGCGGAGCGCCCCAAGCCCGAGGGCCAGGACCUGCGCGCAGGCGGCAAGCUGUGCUACGUGCACAAGCUGGACGAGUUCUACGUCCACCUUGACGACAACACCGCGGACCUCGACAAGGUCACCGAGAGGAUGGUCGACGUGGACGAGUUCGAAUCGGCGGCGGAGCUGAAGGUCGGCUCGAUCUGCGCCGCCUACUGGGCCGAGGACGAGCAGUGGUAUCGCGGGAAAAUUCUGGAAUUCUGCGACGCGAGCUACCACGUCCAGUUCCUGGAUUACGGAAACAAAGCAAAAUGCGAGGAGUUCCGCCAGCUGCCCGAGGACAUAGCGGCGAUCGAGCCCCUCGCCAAGUGCUGCCGGCUGGCCGUUCCCGACGGAGCCGUCGACGACGACGCCGCGAGGAACAAACUCGACGAGCUCAUGGCUAACGACUCGACAUUCCAUAUAGAAUUCCUAGACAGCACUUCGGAGCCGUCGCUCGUCAGACUCAUUCUUAACGGGGAGGAUGUUAGUACUAUCCUUUUCUCCUCGAGACCCAGUGAAACGGAAAAGGCGGAAACUGCGGCCCCAGAAAAUAUUCAACUUCCCGAGGAGGAGACUGGCUCGGCCGAAACGAAUGCACCAACUGAAGAGACAGUAGAAACUGGUUCUGAGAAUGUAACCUCGGAAACUGAAAAGGAACACAAAGAACCUACACAAUCAGUUGUCGAACCUUCAGAAGUAGAAAAAGCUUUUGAAACACGGGAAGAAGUUGACUUACCCGAAUCUGUUGUAAAGCCUUCAGAAGUAAAAAAACCUAUUGAAACACGGGAAGAAGUAGACUCAUCUAAAGCGGACGAAAAGGAAGUUGCCGAAUCAGUAUUAGUAGGUAGUAAUGAAAAGCUAACCGAAGUUCAUAACGAGACUGAGGAUGAAGAUAAAUUUGAGGAUGCCAACGAGCUGGACUCGUCGCAUCCAGAUCUGGACGAAAGCAUAGAAAGUAAUCACACCGUAAUUGAAAACAAAUCAUUUGAAGCGAACCCGGACAGCUUAAACGACUCCGGUGAUCAUAAAGCAGAACAACUAGAUUCUCCUAAACAGGACACUUCAUCAUCAACCUUGGAGAGCUCCAAUGGAACUAUAAAAACUCCAGAAAGAGACAAUUCUAAGGAUUCCAUAAACACGGAUACUGGUUACACGAGCAGUGAUGGCACCAAAGACGGAUCCCCAAUGAAGGGAUCGAGUAAUCAAUCAGAUGUAGGAGAGACAAUAUCAGAACUCAAAACACAAAAAUUGUUAUCAGAUGUAAAAGUAGGAAAAACAAUAGUAGAACUCGAAAAUGAAUCAAAAGAGAACAAUACUGAACCCAGCGUUAAAUCAAAUGACGUCAGUAAAGUCGAAGAAAUUAAAGCUAUCGAUAUCGAUUAACGAUAAGAUAUAUUUUUAAAUUAAGUCUUGUACGAUAAAAAUCUCAGUCUUUAAUUGUAAUAUUAAUAAUGCAAAGCGAUGCCUGAUUGUGAUAGAUAUUAAGGAAGGGAUUAACUUUAUGUCUCUGCUUCUGUGAAAAUUGUAUUAAAGUGUCUAGAGAAGGUUUUUGUAGUAGAUUAUUUAUUAUAGGCGUUUAUAUUGACUUCCAUCAGUCACCACGUACAGUUUCCGUGUUAAAUCGCAACUUCCAGAGACUAGACUGAAUAGCCUUAUCUUUUGUAGUUUUAGAUAAUCUCUCUAAACAUUUUGAUGCUUUAUAAAAUUUGUUAUCCUAGAUUUAAGACGUUUCUUGAUUACUUACGUAACGGGUUUAUGAAAAUUUUAUUUAUUUGUUACAUUCAAGUGUAAAAGACAACUUUUUUUUGUUUAUUUACAAUCCUUUAGUCCCAUUAUUUUUUUAUCUGUUUGUUUUCCAAUAUAUUUCUUUAAGUCAUAGCAUUUACGUAAACGUUUGAAGACUUUGAAGUUUGAUACUGUGACAUUGUAAAUACUCGUAUUUUUCUACGUUCGACGUUGUUUAAUGUUUACUAAGUUAGGUAGGAAUACGAUUAUAUGUUCUUUAUUUAAAUUUGGCACAUUGUGUUACCAUACACUUUUCGUACACAUAGUAAGCAAUAUGAUUAGCAAUAAGGAACAAUGUGUGUUGUGCCUAAGAAGGUAGAAGUACUAGUGCUCGACGCUGCACUAGUAACCGACAUGGGCACUUUAUUUCAUGGAAAUAUAGGUUAAAUUUGAACAACGAAGAUUUUUCUGUAUUCGAACUUAAUCCUUGUCACUUUGACAUAAAGUGCCCAUGUCGAGUACUCGUACAGCGUCGAGCACUAGUGCUUCUACCUUAAAUGUAUCUAUAUAGAGCAGCUACAAUAUGCAGGAGAGCAGUUACUCGCAAAUAGCCCUAGCACACGGCGUUAGUUUUUCCCGUAUACGGGAUUUUAUCGAAUACUAUACCGUAGUGGCAGCAAAACUUGUAUGGCAACUUUCAAAAUCGUUCACACGGCGUCUAUGCGGGGAAGCCGUCUAGCCGUGUGAACGAUUUUGUAAGUUGGCGUCACUACGGUAUUAGAAAAAAUCCCGUAUACGGUAUAUGGUAAAAAUUAACACCGUGUGAACCUAGCCAUAAGUUAUGUUUGUGAAAUGUUUAUUUCUCCGAUUGUUUACUGUUUUAAAAAUAAAUAAAAAACUUUUGUAUAAA